CCUUCAAAAACCACCCCACCAAAACCUCACACCCACACACCACACACCACACACCUACACACGACCACAACCAUGGCGACCGAAACACCUAAACCUAUGCACACCCUAGUCCUCGACGCCGCCCCUAUCAUCACCAACACCCCCCCCAUCUCGACUCUCCUCGCCCAAUCCAGCGAGCUCUACACCGUCCCCCACGUCCUCUCGGAGAUCCGCGACGUAGCAGCGCGCUAUCGUCUCGAGACUACUCUGCUGCCGUUUUUGAAACUCAGGACCCCGAGGCCGGCGAGUGUGAAGGCGGUGACUGAUUUUGCGAGACGCACGGGCGAUCUGGAGGUCCUGAGUAAACCGGAUGUGUUGGUGUUGGCGCUGAGUUAUGAGUUGGAGUGUGAGAGGAAUGGGGGGGAUUGGAGGUUGAGGAGUUUGCCGGGGCAGAAGAGGUUGAAUGGGGCGCCGCCGGGGAGUGUGGUGGAGGGGAAGGAGGGGGAUAAGGUUGAGGGGGGAAAGGAGGUGGAGGUUAAGGAAGAGCUGAAAGAGGAGGUCAAGGAGGUGAAGCCGAUACUUGAGAGUCGGGGAGCGUGGGGGACAAAAAUACCUGUUGCAGAGCCGGUUGUGGCGGAGGCUGAGGUAGAGGCGAAGAGGGAUGUUGGAAUCCCAGCGGAAGUUGCGGAGGGCCCAGCGAAAGACGCUGAAGUCCCGGAAGUCAAGACGGAAGAGCCAACGCCUGAAUCCACCGAGCCAUCCACAGAAGAGAAGACCGAGGCCAAACCAGCAGAGGAGUCUCUAGCCGCUCUGUCCCUCGAAUCCUCCAUCGACACCAUUCCCGACGCCCCAGAAGAAGUCGAAGAGUCCGAGUCCGAAGACGACGAAGGCGGCUGGAUCACCCCCUCCAACAUCAAAAAAGUCCAAGCCAAAGAGACCGCCGGCUCCGCCCCCCAAGAGCCCGAAGUCAAAACCAUGCAAGUCGCCUGCAUCACCUCCGACUUCGCCAUGCAGAACGUGCUCCUCCGCAUGAACCUCAACCUUCUCUCCCCAACCAUGACUCGCGUGCGCCAGCUCAAGACGUGGGUGUUACGCUGCCACGCGUGCUUCGCCGUCACCAAGGACAUGUCGAAGCAAUUCUGCUCUCGCUGCGGAAAGCCGACUUUGCUGCGCGUGAGCUGUUCCACCGACAAGGAUGGGACGUUCAAGGUCCACUUGAAGAAGAACAAGCAAUGGAGCCCGCGCGGGAAUGUGUAUUCCAUCCCCAAGCCCGUAGCAGGGAGUGCGAAUACGCGCGCGGGAGGGGGCGGGAAGGGGGGGUGGGGACAGGCGCUUAUUCUGGCGGAGGAUCAGAAGGAGUAUGUGCAGGCGGCGGAGAGGGCGAAGAGGACGAAGGAGAGGGAUCUGAUGGAUGAGGAUUAUUUGCCGGGGUUGCUGAGUGGGAGUCGCAGGGGGCCGGGGGGGAGACCGAUGGUGGGGGCGGGGAGGAAUGUUAAUUCCAAGAAGAGGCAUUGAAGGGGUGUAGUGAGUAGGCGGCGGUAGGCUGGACGUAAAGAGGCAUGGCGUUGAAUGGGGUGGGAGUUGGGAUAGGAUGUAUGGGAUAUAUUCUAUCGGGCUUAGAAGAAAACGAAGAGGCGUCAUUUUUGAAUCAAGCAUAGGUAAACACACGCAUGGAUGUAGUUUGAAGUGACUGGGGUC